AUGUCGCAUCAAAUUGGCGACAAUGUUACAAUCGAUGGAUCUUUCAAUUUCGAGGACUUCGUUAUGGACGGACCAAGCUCACCUCCUUCUUUUAUGCAAGUCUUCUACAGUCCCCCGCGCCGUAGUAACAAAUUCUUGAAGAAUCGCCAUCCAUCCCUACUCCAACAUUUCAUAUCGAGUCAGAGCCCGAGCAAAGACCAAGCAAAAAGCGGGCAGGGCGAAAUUCUCCUCGAUGUAUUUUUUGAAAGAUUCCAUGGCAGAACGUACUACAUGCUUGAUAAAUCUACCAUUCGCGAACGUCUGAGGCACAAUGAUCUACCUGGCUUCUUCUCUUGCGCGAUAUUUGCACUUGCAAUCAGGGACACGCCAUUACUCGGUCGCUGGAAGAGCGACAAUCAACAGAGCUACAACCUUGCAUUACGUGCGAGAGCCGAGAUUGAAGUCGAUGAUACCUCGAUUGAUGCGAUCCAGGCGCUGCUCCUGCUUGUCCUGGCAUUUUCUGCAGAAGGUGACAAUGAAAGUGCAUACAUGCUCUUAGCGAGAGCGAUUGGUGCAGUACUUUUCAGAGGGUUACACCGCGAGGACAAAGGGAACUCUAGUCUGACGGACGGCGACAGGGAGAGUAGGCGUCGGACAUUCUGGACUUGUUACUUAUUGGAUCGGUUCUUCAGUUGCGAUUCAAGCCGCAUCCCGCUAAUCAACGACGAAGCCAUCAUACUUCGAUUCCCGGAUCUUCCUGCCAAAUCCCAAGAUACGAACAGAGAGCUGGGUUUACUUCCCGUCGAAUUGAGACGCUUUGUUUGCCAAGAGACAUCGGAAGCAUCGGAGAGCAGAGUUGCACUGCUGAUCAAGAUCACGAGAAUACUCGGUCUCACAACGAAGUACCUAGCCUCUGGUGGGUUGGAUGGAGACACGGAAUAUCCAUGGAGCCCACAGUCUAAGCUCUCUGACAUACAACAAUACCUCAACAAAUGGAUCUCGAGCGCUGGGAAAGAAUUCACUACUGUCGAAAGUCUGAUUGGACGACCCGAUUCGAUGCCAUUGCUUAUGAGUAAAUUGAUAUACCACGUCAUCUACUGCUCCAUCUAUAGACCGUUCCUACCAAUCGAACUGACAGAACUGACCAACCCCGGGUUGUACCAACCCUGGCGCACCAAAGCAACGUUCCUCUGUUUCUCGCAUGCAAACGCAAUAACAGAGAUUGUAGAAAUUGCGAAUACCAAUCGCAGUAUCCAUUGGCCAGCGUUCGUGAGUUACUGCCUAUGCACUGCUGCUACCGUCCAUAUGCAUGGGAGUUAUUACUACAAGGACACCAAAGGCGUCUCCGAGCAAUUCAAAGUGUACGAAAAGUCGCCCGAACUUCUGAGCAGAGAGAUGACACAGCUUGAAAGUCUGACAAAGGUGUGGCACAAUGUUCGACAGCAGAUCGAUACGCUGAGGGCCUUGAAAAAUGCACAUCACUCGUUGUUUCACGAGAUCUGCAAGAUGCCCAUGAGAUAUAGACCCUCCUUUUUCUUGGGCGACUUUUUCGAUCGUUAUUCGUAUCUUGGCGGAGAGGAUAGUUGGAAACUGAAUUUCGAUGCGCUUAAUCAGCCAUGAACUUAGCUAUAAAGAACAAUUUCUUGCGCGUUCCUUC